AUGGGCAAGGGCCGUGACAAGCGCAAGAAGAAUGAGGACCCUGCUAAGGCCGCAAAGCGAGCCGCUCGGCAGGCGCUGAAGCUCCAGAAGAGCGUGAAGAAGGAAACUGGCGAGGAAGCGGUGGAGGGCUUCAACAACGAAGAGGCCAUCGAGGUGACGCUCAAGCGCAUCCAGAAGCAGGAAGGAAAGCUGAAAACCGUGGAGGAGGUCGAAAACGUGGCCCCACCUACGCCGCGCGUCAACGUCGUCUUGGUGCCGCACCCGGAACGCGACAGCGAGCUCAUCCUCUUUGGUGGUGAAUUCUGGAAUGGCGAGACAACAGAGGCGUACAACGACACGUACUUCUUCAAUGCCAAGCGCAACGCCUGGGCACGCCUCUCUUCUGCCGUGAACCCGGCACCACGGAGCAGCAGCCAAGCCGUAGUCUACAAGCAGUAUCUCAUCCUGUUCGGUGGCGAGUUCGUCUCGCAGUCACAGUCGCAGUACCUGCACUUCAAGGAUGUGUGGCGCUUCGACUGCCGCAGCAGUGAGUGGGAGGAGUUGAAGAAUCUCAAGGGCGGCCCCUCCUCCCGCAGCGGCCAUCGAAUGGCCUUGUGGAAGCGCAACGCCGUCAUGUUCGGCGGUUUCUACGACAAUGCACAGGAGUGCCGUUACUUCGACGAUCUGUGGAUUCUGUCGAACCUUGACGGGGCAGGGCACUGGUCCCAGGUGAAAACGGCUCCAAUGACGGACCUGCCGCACGCGCGCAGCGGGCACAGCAUGAGCGUCUACCAAGACGAGCUCUUUGUCUAUGGCGGCUACUCGACGCAGAAGUUUAACCGCUUCAAGAAGUCGGAGGCCACGGUGCACCAUGAUCUGUGGAUGAUAACCCUGCGGCAGGAGAGGGACCACGCUUCCCGCGAGGGACCGCUGCCAGUGUGGACGAAGAUUAAACUUGGUGGUAUUCCGCCGCCCAUCCGCUGCGGCGUCUCCUGCGCCUUCAAGGAUAAGCGGCUCUACCUGUUUGGCGGCGUGGUCGACAUCGAGUCACCGGGGGGCAAGAUGGUCUCCACCUUUUAUAACGACCUCUAUGUGUUUCACAUGGACACGAAGCGCUUCUACCCUGUCGUGCUGCGGCGAGUAGCGAAGCGCGCGGCGGCGGCUGGGAAGCGCGACCACCUGGACGAUCUAGCCGCUCAGCUCAGCGCCCUGGAUCUCCGCCGUGGCGAGUCGAGCAGGGAGGAGGAGACUAGCUCGACCACGGACGAAGACGACGAUGACCGCACCGGCCAGCCAGGGACGGCGGCUGCGAGCCAGGAGAUGAAGGAGAGUUAUGAAACAAACCGGCAUGGGCAAAUUCUGCCGCACCGGCGCAUGGACUCUGCCAUGGUGGUGGUGGGCAACACAUUGUACCUCUACGGAGGCCAGUUUGAGAGCAGCAAGAAGGAAAUCACAAUGUCAGACCUUUUCACGCUGAACCUGAACAAGCUGGACACGUAUCAGCCGCUGCUGUCGCAGGAUUUGUCCGCCGCAGUGUGGCUAGGCAAGGAGUCCGAGAGCGACGCCGCUUCAUGGGAAAGCGGUAGCACGGUUGUCAGCGCCGUCUACGAUCUCGACUACGACGAGGACGACGACGGCGGCGACGACGAGGAGGAUGGCGCUGACGGGGUGAGGCACUGUGGCGUGAACUUUGGUAACAUGCCGCGGGAGCCGGUGCUCGACCCUGAGGACGAGGGCGACGAGGCGCCGGAGGCGAUUCCCGCGGAGCUUGCGAUGGAGGCGACUCCGAGUGUCGAAGGAGUGGCGGACGCCAUCGCUAGCAUUACGCGGACGGGAAAAAAGGGUCUCAAGGUGCACAAGGAGCAGCUCUUGGCGCAGCUUGGCGCCUCGUCGGCGGUGCCGACGCCGGAGAGGGAGGAGACGUUCACUGCCUUUUUCGCCAGGACGUCCUCCUUCUGGAUGAACACGGCGCGCGAGUCCGUGGAGGGAAAAUGCACCGACCGCCGCUUAAAGAAGGAAGCAACGGAGUUUGCAAAGCAGCGCUUCUACGAGGCGCGGGAGCUGUUGGCGCAGCUCCAGCUCGUCGAGGAUCGCGAAAGGGAGGAAGCGAAGUUCUUUCGAGAGCGCCGGCUGCAGAAGGAGAAGGAGUGGGAGGCGUACGAAGAGGCCCAGCGGCGCCUAGAAGAAAACUCCGACGACGAAGAAGACAAUUCUCAUGACGAGGAUAGCUGA